AAAUGUGGUUUUGCUUAUAAGUAAAAUUGUUUGAAAGAACAUUGCACUACUGUACGUGUAGCGCCACCUAAUUCAUUAUUCGAAAUUACAAGGAGCGCCGCAUUUACUCCUUGAACAAAAAAAUCUUCAAUUGGUCCUUAAUAGAAGGGCCCUGAUAUCCAUCUAAAUGAUCCGAGCGUUGAAAUUGGAGAGUCGACAUCCAGAUCAGUGAAAAAAACUUCCCGAGAAAUGCGAAAACAUUUAAAAAAUACAGGUCAAGAGUUUGUUAAUGCUGCUGGAAAAUUAGUACCUGCCAAAGUUUUUGUUAAUAAAUGUUGUGGCUGCCAACAAGGAUGUGCAAAAGUGAUCUCCGCUGCAAGACGCGAAAAACUAUUCAAUACUUACUACGAAAUUCCUUGGGAGGAAAAAACUACCUUCAUUAAACAGCACGUUCAAUUGAAGCAUGUUAACAGAAGAUAUUCCAAAAAAGAAGAGUCCAGGCGGACUUAUUCUAGGGUAUAUAGACUGUCUGAUGAAAAUGGGUCUCUAAAAAUUGUUUGUAAAAAAUUUUUCCUGGAUACUAUUGCCGUUAGUUGUAAAAGAGUAAAUGGAGCACUACAUAGAAAUAUUGUAUUUGGUGAAAUUGAACCUGAUAAGCGAGGAAGACAGAAAAAGGUGAAAAUAGAAGAUGAACAAUUUGCAUAUCAGUUUAUAUCCAACUUACCCACGUAUGAAUUAGAUGGAUUAAAAUAUUUGACAAAUGAAGUUAGCGUUACCGGUAUGCACAAGUCUUAUAAAGAAAUAUGUAGCCAAUUCCAACGACUACCGGUAUCUAUAUUUUAUUUUCGAAAAUUAUUUAGUACAAAAUUUGAGCUAUACUUUCGACCUCAGAAUAAGUGAAUUAUGAUUCGUGUUUAAAAUUUGUAAAUAGGAAAUAUUAUUUGCAACCAAUCUGAUGGUUAUCUACAUGAUCUUAUAUCUAUCCCCUAUGAUUAACUAAAAUAUAGUCAAUAAUAUUCACAGUGGGAUAUGCAGGGCAAUUUCGAAUCUCUGUAACCAGAGUUCUAUUUGAAGUGAGUUGAAGGUUGCUAAACAAUCUCACUACAUUUGUUACCAAGAUUCAAAAUUGCCUCACUGAGAUGCGUUCAAUACCUAAUUUUACCAUACCAUGAAACGGGAAUUUAUAGUAGCCAUAAUUGAUUCUCUAAUGAAAGUUGAAGAUCACGACAAAUUUUUGAGAUCCAAUUCUCGUUAUUGAUAUUAUUAAAAAUCGAUGAAACCAAAUUCAAUAUUCUGAAAUGAACUGCAUUAUACCAAUGAUACAUUGUAAAUGAAUUAGUAGGUUUGAAAGUUACUAUAAAUUUAUUGUACGGCAAUGUCAUCUCCAAUAAACAGUUCUGUCGCCAGUGAUCUCAUCAAGUUAUCAGAUCCAAAAAACAGCACCAAAAAUGCCAGCAUGGAUGAUUCCAGUCACCAUCCACGGUAUAAAGAUGACACUUCAUUAACAGAAACAUCGCAGCAAAGUAGAAGUUACACGCACAGGUCGUCUAUUCCAUCAGUGGGGAUACAAAUUUCACCCAUAUCAAUCCCGGAAAACAGCGUUGAUGAGGGAACACCAGAAUCUACGAUAUCGUUGAAAACUGAAAGAAACUCGACUGAAUAUCUGCGAAGUGAAGAUGACUCCAUCAAUUCUAGUAUGCUCUCAGAUCGUGAACACAUGACUGCUACAUGCAUGGACAUUCUGACCGAUGGAGACUCGGACUUUUUAAUGAAGGAAAAGCAAGAUAGUAGUCUUCUUACUAUUGGUAAUAAAAAUUCGCAUAAUGCACAGAGGCCUGUGCUUAGUGGGGAUGCUUUGAAUGACCUGGUCUCAGCCACGCAAGCUUUCAAAGAAGCGUCUCAAAAUCAGUGUGAGUUACUCAGAGCUCAAACUAGCGCAAUAAACAGACUUGCUGCAGCGAUAGAAGAUCAAAAUAUUAUGAUGCGCCUCUGCUAUCAUUCUAUUCAUGAGAACAAUUGCAACAAUUUGGUGGGAAAUGAAAAAAAUCCUAAAAAAUAGGAAAUUGUACAAGGUUCAAUGGCUUAGUCACUGACGUUACAACCAACCGAAUAAACUGAGUUGCAUAUA